AUGGCAAUCUCCACAGGAGUUAAAGUUCCUUGUAAUUUUCACUUGUUGGAAGGACUGGAAGAAGGACAAAAAGGAGUGGGUGAUGAUACAGUUACCUGGGGCCUGGAAGAUGAUGAAGACAUGACACUUACAAGAUGGACAGGCAUGAUUAUUGGGCCACCAAGGACAAACUAUGAAAACAGAAUAUAUAGCCUGAAAGUAGAACGUGGAUCUAAAUAUCCAGAAGCUUUUCCAUCAGUUAGAUUUGUAACAAAAAUUAAUAUGAAUGGAAUAACUAAUUCCAGUGGAAUGGUGGAUGCACGGAGCAUACCAUUCUUAGCAAAAUGGCAAAAUUCAUAUAGCAUUAAAGUUGUGUUUCAAGAGUUAAGAUGUUUAAUGAUGUCCAAAGAAAAUAUGAAGCUUCCACAGCCACCAGAAGGAGAGACAUACAAUUAA